UAAUUCACAAUGAUUGAAGUUAAAGAAAAAGAAAGAAAAAGAAGGCGAAGAAAAAAAUCCUGUAUUUUAAGGAAUCUACAAGAAAUUUUUCAAGUCACGACAGCGAAAAAAAAGAAGUGAAAAUUUUCUUAUAAGAAAAAAAAAAAAUUGCAAUAAGAAAACUGCAAUUUAAACGAGUGAAAAAUUGUGAAAAGUUAGAGAUUACGUGGAAAGAAAAUCCUCGAAAAUAUAAAAUUUAUGAAAAAUUAUAGAGAAUUAAAGAAAAUUUGUAACAAUUGCUAGAUCUAAUAGUCCUUGGUUGUUAGCAAAAGGUAGGGGCGAGACACCAAUACCGGGCGCUAACAACGCCGCCUCCACCAACGCCAACACCGCCAGCCAUAAUACAGUCGUCGUCCCAAGGCAGUUUUUAAUGAAAAUGAAUAAUUUGGAUCACGUAAAAAAUUUCUAUCCGGACAAUUAUAAAUUGGAUUUAUCGGAAACAAUGAAAGCGGCCUUAUCUAAGGGUGGACCCGGCGCCAGUGGUUCGGGGGCUGGACCUUCCGGUGUGGGCGGCAUGUCCGCACCCUCUAGUGCCGGUCCGCAUGGUACGGGCGAUAUGGCCGGCACAAGUGCUGCUGGCAUUUCUGGUGCCGGUUAUGUGACUGAAAAACUCUAUAUGCUCUUGCAAUUAUAUUUACAAAAUAAGGGCUGGAAUCCCAGUGCAGAGUUGUUGCAGUGUUUCACCGAUUUAAAAGAUAAUGCCAUGUUGCCCAGUGCAGCUUAUUUGCAAGUCUUGGCCAAUCGCAUGACAUUGGAUACCCAGGGACGUUUGAUUCUGCGUGAAAAUGGCAAAAUCGUCUUGCCCUUUGAACACUUUGCCAAUGCUGUUAUGCUUAAGCAUAUGUCCGGCCCUCAUGGUCUGCAUUUAAGUGUUGAUGCCACAGUGAGAGCUGUCAUUGAAUCUUAUACUAUAGGCCGUGAAAAUUUUGGCAUGGAAAAGGAGUUUAUUAUAGAAGUGGUGCAAUCCUGUCCCAGUCCUGCUUGUCGUUACUAUAAAAAUCAUAUUGGCAUUUCACCUCUACCAUUUAUGGAUCAACAAUUUCCCAGCGUCAAUCCAACUGAUUUUCUGCAGCAUUUGCCUCACUUGCCUCCACCCCCACCUCCGCAUGUGGCUGGUGGUCAUGUGGCGGGUGGUUCAGCAGGCGGCAGUACUGUUAGUGGUCCCAGUUCGGCCGGUAGUAGCAGUUCGGCUACUAGUAGUUCUACUGGUGGUGGUGUGGGUGGAGAAGUUGAUUUGUCUUCUAAAUCUUCGCAUUCUUCCCAUCCCAAGGUACCACCUCAACUGCAGCAUUUGACUAAACAACAACAGAACAGCAUACAAUCGCAAUUAUCUCAAAUAAGCGCUGCGGCUGCUGCCGCCGCUGCAGCAGCUGCUGCAAAACAACAACACCAGCAACAGCAGCAACAACAACAGCAACAACAUCAUCAGCAGCAGCAACAGCAAGCGGCCGUAGCAGCAGCUGCUGCAGCCGCCGCCGCCCAACAACAGCAGCAACAACUCUCGGCCCUCAUACAACAGCAACAGAAUCGUGCUUUAGCCCAACAAAGCCUAGAAAAAUUUAGCACUCUUUCAGCUUUAGAGAAACAACGUGUACUCUCUCAACUGGAUCCCAAACAUUUUGAUCCCACCACUAUGGCCGUGGCUGCUGCUGCCGCUAAUUUGCAAAUGCAAGGUCUUAUGCAGUCGCAAGCUGCUGCUGUGGCGGCCGCUGCUGCAGCUGCUGGUCAAAAUUCGGCAGCUCAAUCGGCUGCAGCAGUUUCUGCUGCUGCUAUGGGUCUACCAAAUGCUUCUCCCAACCCGGGUGUACCCAUUGUACCGCCACCGCAUCACAACAUUCAUCAUCCGUUACCACCACCACCCCAAUCUCCUACCGCUCAUAGUGCUAGUGGUUCUAGUAGUGGUGGUGCUGCAGCCAUGGGACGUCAUGAUAGUUCUCCCUCCACAUCGGAACAUUCAGUGCAACAGAUAGUGCAGAAAAACGUUGAAACCUUGCGUGCCAGUUUGGAAUCUUUAGAAUCGAAUAAAGAUCUAUUGGCUUUGCAUAAUAUUGCUUGGUCCUCUACCGAUGUGAAUGGACGCGAGGGUUGGCCCUUAGGUCAGGAGAAAAUCAUACGUAUAUUUGCCGAACUUAUGCGUAAUAUGGCACGUAUGAAAACCUACAUACGACCAUCAAUGUGCAAACCUUAUGGGAAGCAAAGUGAAGCACUACAAAAAACUCUCUUAGACACUAUACAAAUUGUGCAAUCUUUGCGCAAUUCUCUGCCACCACCGCACAUACAAGUAUCAUCUUGGAAAAGUGAAAGUGAGGGUACAUCGAAUUUACAAGGCGGCGGUAAUGGUGCUGUAGGAGGUGUUGUGGGUAUGGGAAAUCCUCCACCAGGAUCUCCUAUGAUGGGUGUAGGUAAUGGUGCUACAUUAAUGGGUAAUAUGACUCCACAACGUAUGGAAAAUUUAAGCAAUUCAAUAUAAACAUAAAACAGGUAAGUUUGUUUGACAUAAGAUAUACAUAAAUGAGAAGACAUAAAUGUUUGAAAUCUUUGGAACAUAACAUACAAACAAACGAGUUUAAAAACAAAAUGAAUGUAAACACAUUCCACAAUAUAACAGUAAUAGUAUUUUUUUCUUCUUCUUUACAUUUUUGUAGUAGUGAUAAGAUUUAAAUUGAUAAUAUAUACUCCAAGAAAAGAGUAUUCUUAACUAAAUGUAGGACAUAUUUUAAAUUUUAAAAACAAAUUAUGAAUGUUUUAAACCCUUAACACACAAAUAUAAAACAUACAAUUUAAAAUGAUUAUAAGGACGACGAACAAAGGUUUUUAAAACCAUUUAAAGUAUUAAAUUAAUUAAAUAAUUAUUUAGUAUGAAAAAUAAACAAACAUUUUGUGCAAUUUCAACUUUAAAGUUGAAUAUAUACUUUUUUUUUUAAAAAAACUUAAGUAUUAUUAAUUAUUGAAUAAUAAGUCUAGAUAUUUUAGCAUUUAUUAUUUUCAAAACUGGCUUUUAUGAUUUUAAAACAGUGCCAUUAGUUUUAGUUUGAACAGAUUUGAAAUCUUUCUUUUUUUUAAUACUAAAUACUAGUGUUAAACAACAAGUGUUAUAUGGUUUAGACAAAAAGUCUAGAAAAGUAGAAAUUUAAAUUUAAAGACAUGCGCAUAAAGAAAUGCAAAAUAUUAAAAAAAAAAACUGAACAAGUUGUUAAGAGGGUAAAAUUUAAAGGUGUCUAAAUAUUAUUAAAAAAAUAUAUAUACAAAAAAAUUGAACAACUUAUUUAAAAAGGUUAGUGAACUUUUUGUUUAGACUUGCAUAACCGUUGUAUAACACUUAACUCAACAGACUGAUUUUAUUUAUUAUUAUUUUUUGUUUUACAAAAUAUUUCUUUAAAUAAAUUUUUUAUUACAAAAACAAAUGUAUAAGUUCCUGGGCUUAAAUGUUCAACUAAAUAUUACAAAAAAACGUCUUCUCAUAUUUGGCUUUAAAGCAAAAUUUACUUUUAAUU